CACAAAAGCAUUGCAGUCAGUGCAAAAACGCGCUUGCAACGAAACGGUUUUGCGACAAGAACAAAUCCAUUAGUUUAUCGAGUAACCCGAACAACAUUUCAAAUCACUUAAAUUAAGUCGUAAAGGAUUUGGUUUGACAAUAAAAUUGCCUGUUGAAGAGUGUAGUCGACGCGUUUAUUCGAGAUGCGCUUACUUCCGCCGGUGGCGUUGCUAUUGUUGGCGGUCGCGUUAACCACUGCGGUACCACUGCCUGUCAAGGAUAAGGAUGAAUCCACUUCCCUUUCCGUAGAAGAAGUUGAUACGCCUGACGCGGGGUCGGACGAGACACUAGAAGACACAAAGUUACUUGAAAAGCGUUCCGCUGACGCCAUACCCGACGUAGACUUGUGCAAACACCACAAGCACAAUAAAGACAGUAAUGAAUUUGGGAGUGAAGAUGCUUACGAGCGUUAUUAUCAACUUGAAAAAGCAUAUAAUAAUGAACUUCGAAGGAAACGUCAGAAAAUUGACAAGAAAGGCUCAUCACAAGAGGAUUCCUCCGAGCUGGCAGGCAGUGAUGUGUUAGCACUGGAAUUACGUAGAAAACGCAAAACUGAGGAUAGUACAUCUGAAGAGGAUUCAUCCGAAGAGAAAGGCAAAUCGGGAGGCGCCGCAGCAAGCGAAGUUGCCAAAAGUUCAGACGGAGCGCGCAGAAAACGAAAAUCGGACGAUAGUUCAUCUGAAGAAGAUUCAUCAGAGGAGAAAGGUAAGCCAGGUGCACCUGGGGCGAGCGAAGGUAAAGGAGCCAAAGGUUCAGAAGGAGCUCGUAGGAAACGAAAAACCGACGAUAGUUCAUCAGAAGAAGAUUCGUCUAAAGAUUCAUUAGAAGAAGAGUCGACUACAAAUACUAUUUCAUCAGAAGAAGAAUCGACCACAAAUUCGAUUUCAUCAGAAGAAGAUUCAUCCGAGGAGAAAGUCAAGCCAGGUGCGGGUGAUGGCCACGGUAAAAAAGGAUCAGAUGGACCGCGUCGAAAACGCAAAACUGACGAUAGUUCUUCAGAAGAAGAUUCAUCCGAGGAGAAAGGCAAAGCAGGUGCAAGCAGUGGCGAAGGUGCCAAAGGUUCAGACGGAGCUCGUAGGAAACGCAAAGCUGAUGAUAGCUCAUCAGAAGAAGAUUCAUCGGAGGAGAAAGGUAAAGCAGGUGCACCAGGUGCAAGCGGUGGUGAAGGUGCUAAAGGCUCAGACGGAGCUCGUAGGAAACGCAAAGCUGAUGAUAGCUCAUCAGAAGAAGAUUCAUCGGAGGAGAAAGGUAAAGCAGGUGCACCUGGUGCAAGCGGUGGCGAAAGUGCCAAAGGUUCAGACGGCGCUCGUCGAAAACGUGAAGCGGAUAAUAGCUUUUCAGUAGAAGAUUCGACUAAUGAUACAUCAGAAGAAGAUUCAACUACAGACACCACUUCAUCAGAAGAAGAAUCGACCACAAAUUCCAUUUCAUCGGAAGAAAAUUCAUCCGAGGAGAAAGUCAAGCCAGGUGGUGGCGACGGCCAUGGUAAAAAGGGAUCAGGUGGACCGCGUAGAAAACGCAAAACUGACGAUAGUUCGUCAGAAGAAGAUUCAUCCGAGGAAAAAGGCAAAAAAGGUGCAUCGGGUGCUGGCGGUGGCGAAGGGGAAAAGGGAUCAGAUGGAGCGCGUCGAAAACGCAAAACUGACGAUAGUUCUUCAGAAGAAGAUUCAUCCGAGGAGAAAGAUAAAGCAGGUGCAAGCAGUGGCGAAGGUGCCAAAGGUUCAGAAGGAGCUCGUCGAAAACGCGAAGUUGAUGAUAGCUUUUCAGUAGAAGAUUCGACUAAAUAUUCAUCAGAAGAAGAUUCGACUACAGACACCACUUCAUCAGAAGAAGAAUCGACCACAAAUUCUAUUUCAUCGGAAGAAAAUUCAUCCGAGGAGAAAGUCAAGCCAGGUGGUGGCGACGGCCAUGGUAAAAAGGGAUCAGGUGGACCGCGUAGAAAACGCAAAACUGACGAUAGUUCAUCGGAAGAAGAUUCAUCCGAGGAAAAAAGCAAAAAAGGUGCAACGGGUGCUGGCGGUGGCGAAGGGGAAAAGGGAUCAGAUGGAGCGCGUCGCAAACGCAAAACUAACGAUAGUUCAUCGGAGGAAGAUUCAUCCGAAGAAAAGGCUAAAGCAAAAGGUAGUGGAGCAAACAAGCUGGACAUCCGGCGCUUAAAACGAAAAGGCGACAAGAAAAUUGUACCUAAGAGCAAUGAAGAUUUGAACGACGUGCUGAACUUCAGUUCGAACUCCGAUGAAAACAGAGAGUCCAAUGAAGUAUUGGAACUUAAAAAAGAUUCCUCUCUGGAAGAUUACGUGCAGGGAUGUGAAGUAAUGGAUGCAGAUUCGGAUGAAGCCAACGAAACGACCUAUAUUGAAGACAGACGUAAACGAUCAUUAGAGAGUGUAGAGAAAACUGAAAGCGCCAAAGAAUCGGUUGAGAGUUCCAAACAAAGUGCAGAAGACAAUACAAGUGAAGAAAACGAUGCAGUAGCUGAUAGCGCAGACGAAUCCCAACAAAUUUCGAACGAACGCCCAAAUGGUAAACAAGUUAUUCCUGAAGCCGAAUCUGAAGAAAGCGAGGAAGAUGACUAGGUUUUCGCCGUGAUGUGUUAAACAACUUAGGAGCGAGCCACUCUAGGUGCCCAAAUGAUUUACUGCGCUUUAAUAAUAAUAUAUAACAAUUUGAUGCUGUAUUUUUUAAGUUUCAUGUUAAUAUGUCUUUAAAUAAUAAAUUAUGUACAUACAUUCUUAAACAAAUUUGUUGUACUAGAAAAACGAACAUAACAGAUAA